AUGAGACAGUACGCUCCAGAUCAACAUGUAUUCGUGUCUGGCUCAUACCAUCUACAGAUUUAUGUCGAUACAAAUGACCACGGUGGUCACCGAGUCGCGCCUUACUUCAUACCAGACCCUGAGAAGCCUUACGAAGGCCUUGCGACGACCACAACCGCAGACGCCACACCGAUGCAAGACUGGCUGCCCACGUUGAACUGGAUAUAUAUCGAUGCGCAUUCUCAACAACUCAGAUAUGGCGUACGGGAAGACGCCGAUUCCAAUUUCGCAGGACCUUUCGACUGCUCUACCCAACAUCAACACUUGACGUUCCAAAAAUGGGAAGGCUUUUGCGCAGUAGAAGUCCAGCCCGAAACUUGGGCGAUCUAUUUCGACAUUAACGACAAUGGCAUGAAAGGGAUGGUGUCACCUGGUGCCAGGAUCCUAGAGAUCGAGCUCGAACGCAAGGAGUCAGAGAACGUCGCUGCUGCAUCACGCCAAAUCGUGGUCACCGAGACUGAAGAGCAGGAAAGCGAAGGAUGUUUUGAAAGGAACAGCACUUUCUCUUCAUGCAGUGAAGUUGACCAAGACCCCACGGUGCACACAUCAAGUAGCGUAAUAUGCACCAGACUUGAGAGGAAGGAAAGAAUCGUCAAGGAAGAGGUUAGUGAUCCGCGAUUCAGAUCAGUGCAUUUACUAAUCGCCUUUGCCCUGCGUAGCUCAUACUUACUAUACCUAUCUCAACGAUCGACAGCGAUAGUCUACCAGUCGAAGCACGCUUACUGA